AUGACGAGCGUAUGCAGCACAAAGGAACACGACUCGGACCUCGACCACAACACCCAGUCGUCCGCCCCGCCGCCACCGCCGCCGCCAUCGGCCUCUGCAGGUACCCAGCUCACUACAGCCGGCUGGCUCACCGUUCUCGGCGCCUUCUGCUGUGCCUUUGCCGGCUUCGGCUUCCUCAACGCCUUCGGUGUCUUCCAAGAGUACUACCAGCAGACCAAGCUCUCCAGCUCCUCCCCAUCGUCCAUCGCGUGGAUCGGCUCUGUACAGACCUGCCUCCUGUUCGGCGCCAACAUCAUCAGCGGCCUCCUCCUCGACCGCUUCGGGCCAAAGAGCCUCCUCGUCGGCGUCACCUUCCUCUUCCCGCUCUCGUGCAUGCUCACCUCGCUCUGCGACAAGUUCUGGCAGUUCUUCCUCGUCCAGGGCAUCCUCCAGGGCCUCGCCCUCAGCGGUUCCCUCACGCCCCCCAUCGCCUGCGCCAUCCACCACUUCCGUGAAAAGAAGGGCAUCGCCAUCGCGCUCAUCGUCAGCGGCUCCUCGCUCGGCGGCGUCGUCUGGCCCAUCGUAGUCAAGCAGCUCCUCGCCUCGGUCGGCUUCGGAUGGACCUGGCGCAUCAUCGGCUUCAUCUCCGUGGUCCUCUUCGGCAUCGGCGUCCUCACCGUCACCAGCCCCAUCAUCCGCGACGUCGGCCUGCCCCGCCCCGUCAUGCGCCUCCUCAGCCCCGACGCCGACGAGCCGUCCGACAAGACCGGGCCCAAGCCGCCUCGCGCACCCCUCUUCUACUUUGAGCUGCUCAAGGAUCCGGCGUACCUCUUGACGAUGCUGUCGUUUGCCUUCAUGUUCUUCGGCCUCUUCUUCGAGUUCUUCUACCUGCCCUCGUGGGGCGCCACAAAGGGCAUGUCGGCCUCGCUCCAGUUCUAUUCGGUCUCGAUCCUCAACGCCGCCUCGUUCUUCGGACGCCUCCUAUUCCCGCUGCCCGGCCAGCGCUUCGGCAACUUCAACAUGAUGAUCAUCGCCCUCUUCAGCUCGGCCAUCAUCGUGCUUGCGGGCAUCGGCGUCUCGUCGCCGACCGGCGUCAUUGUCAACGGCGCCUUCUACGGCUUCACCAGUGGCGGCGCCAUCAGCCUCUACAGCGCCUGCGCCGCCGCCAUCACCCCCGACAUGCGCAGGCUCGGCGCAUCGACGGGACAGAUCGCCCUCGCCGUCGCCGCACCCGCCCUCCUCGGACCGCCCGUCGACGGCUGGAUCAUUGACAGCAAGGGCGGCUUCAAGGCGGCGCAGGGACUCAGCGGCGGAUGCCUCUGCGUCGCCGGCGUAUCGACCGUCCUGGUUCAGCUCAUUCUCUCCCGCAGGGCCAAGCGCCCGGCCGCCGGCACCUCGUCGGCAUGA